AUCAGUUUUCAAUCAUUUAUGUCCCAUUCAAUAGCGGUACGUUUCGUUAAUAGUUUUUGUUUAGUAUUUUUUAAAUACGGGGAUUAUAAAGGAGAGAGAGAAAAAGAUUUUGAUUGGCUUAUGAACGCAAAUGCCUGAAUCUAAUCUAUUGUUAUAAAACUUGUGGAAAAGCGUCAUAAUAAACUGUAAUCGCGGAAAACCUUAAAAAGGGUUGAUGUAGUAUUCUGAUAUAACUCCGCUAGGAAUAUGGUCAUUGACUGCGGUAAUGGAUUUGAAUGCAUGGGCCGAUGCACAUUGCUUUAAACAAGAAGCUAGUACGAGCAGUGUUGAAAUACUUGGAUUCUAUCAGCGUUUCUUUUUCUGUAUUCCAAUCAUCCAAAGUAAUGUGCUUAGUAACAUCAUUACACCAAUGGAAGCAAACAGUCGUAAGUUGAGCAGAAAUCUGAAAUAAUAUCGAGAGUUGGACCCCGUAUAACUAGCCAUUGCCUCCUUGGUUCAAAAUUUUGUCAAAGUAAAUUAUGAGUUUGUUGUGUAUGCCGUCAAUCCUGCGAAACAAAGCCAAUCAAGUCAAGAUGAUCGCGGACCAACUGAUUAGAUAGUGUUUUGUCUUAUUAAACUGGAGAGGAUGGGGUGAUUUAAUCGGGCUCAGCUUGUCACCCUCUGAGGCACAAAGGGAGCAAAGCGUCAACUCUACAACCGGGGUGUUACUUUUAACUUCACCAGAAUCGAUCAACUUAAAAUUAUUUUAGCUAUAUUUUAUAUUUUUGUUUCUAGUAUGCCUUCAAUCUGGUUUGUGUUAUUCGUCACCUCUUCUCUAGAAUUAUGUACUGUUACCGGUAAAGUUAAAAUAGGGCUUUUACUUCCUUCCACCACGCCUAGUAUUGGAUUACCGUCAAAUGAGACCGUUUUUAGCGCUUUUGAGCAGGCUCUAAGAAAUGUGAGCUCGGUGCUGCACUUUCAGGUGUCUCAGGACACUAAAUGUUCAGAAGCAACAGCGUUAAACGAGGCAUUCAGAAUCAAGGAUGAUGUAGAUGUCUUCUUUGGUCCUGUUUGCGAAAAUGGUGAACGCUCGGUAAAUAUGAUGGCUUUGGAAUAAGUGAUGUGGACCCCCAUUAAGGAAGAGCUUGAAUCCUAUCCCACCUUAAUCGGCACGCUGGGAUCAUACGAAGAUAUCGCAAGGAAUAUAGCAACGCUUCUGAGCUGUCAUGGUUGGAAAAGCAUAGGCAUUAUACACGGAAACAAUGAAAUAAAUAGACAAAUGGCAAUCACCACCAAAUCAUUGUUACGCGACAAUGACGUCACCGUAAAAAAGGUUCUGGCCACCAAUAUGACUGGGAAUUCUAUGAAAACGGCACUGACUUCCAUGAAAUCUUCAGCAAGAAUUAUAGCGGUGUUUGUGCCUGAGGUGUUCCUAGAGACCUUUCUCAUUGAGGUUUCUGCAGAAGGAAUGAACGACGGGUCAUACAUAUUCAUUAACUGGAAAUUUAGCCCCGCCCUUAAUCACUCCUCCAGCCUGGGUGUCCCGCACCCAAAGAAUACACUGAAAUCUUUACUGCAGAUCGGACCUUUCACAACCACUGAAUUGGAAUACCUCAGAUUUACUAAUCACCUUCCAAAUUCACAACCGGCCAGUGAGUUUUAUGCUUACCUUCAUGACGCUGUGAUGUUGUACAGUCAGUAUGUUCAGAAAUAUCCAAGCAGUUCGACAUCUCAGCUUAAACGAAAUCUACAAACAAUAGCCUACACGGGAUGGACCGGUCACAUCCAAUUUAACAAUUCCAAAAGUGCCAUUCGAACAUACCGUGUCUCCCACUAUCAACAGGGCAAUUUCUCCAUAGUGUACAAUUUAUCUGGAGAGCAGUGUUUUAAUACUCACACUGCCAUGGAAUGGAUAGGAAGUGGUCCGCCACUAGACACACCUAGAUGUGGGUUUACGGGAAAAACCUGCAACGAUGGGGCAGAAAGCACGGAUACUGGUGCUAUUAUCGCUGGAGCCUGUAUUGGGGGACUGGUCAGCGUAGCAGCACUUAUCCUGGCGUUUAUUCUCUACAGAAAAAUGAGGUUUGAAAAGGAAUUGAUGGGUAUGCUGUGGAAAGUAAAUGAAAAUGAGAUCAAACUGAGAAACAAACACCCAACUCCGAAACAGCAGGAAGGGCCUCACCCAACAAAGAAGCUGGUCAGAAUGGAAACGAGAGGUACACUGGGAUUUGGUUCUUCUUGCAGUCUUGACAAAAAUUUCUUAUUUGCCCCAAUUGGGAAUUACAAGGGAUCGGUUGUGGCUGUAAAAAGUUUACAAAGAAGGUCCAUUCGCCUGACAAGGGAAGUUCUACGAGAUCUCAAAACGUUGAGAGAAUUACACCAUGACAACUUAAACCAGUUUGUUGGCGCCAAUUUGGAGCCUGAAAACUGCUAUGUUCUUACCAUGUAUUGUGCCAAAGGAAGUUUACAGGAUAUUAUAGAGAAUGACGAUAUAAAGUUGGAUUGGAUGUUCAAAAUGUCUUUUGCGCUUGAUCUGGCAAGGGGCAUGGAGUUUUUACACAAGUCUUCCUUGAAAUCCCAUGGUAAUUUGAAGUCCAGUAACUGUGUGAUAGACAGUCGCUGGGUUUUAAAACUGACCGAUUACGGGGCUAUAACCACUCACCCUGAGGAACCAACUCAGGAAAUUGGGGAACACGAAUUUUACACGGGUUUGUUUUGGACGGCACCGGAACUUCUAAGACUUCAGAAAAUGCCCCGUAAAGGGACACAGAAGGGGGAUGUUUACAGCUUUGGUAUCAUUCUACAGGAAAUAUUUCUCAGGACCGCUCCAUAUUACUUCAACAUUGUAUCCUCUCCCAAAGAAAUAAUAAUGAGGGUUCGGAACCAUGAUGUACCUCCAUAUCGUCCACACAUACCAGAGGACAGUAAUGUCCCGGAUAAAGCUGUAUUUCUAAUGAGGUGCUGCUGGCACGAACACUCCGAAUCGAGGCCAGACUUCCAUAAUAUCAGAAAGAGGCUGAUCGACAUAAACAGUGGGAGAAAAAUCAAUAUUAUGGACAAUAUGAUUCAGAUGUUGGAGGCGUACAGCAAUAACCUGGAACAGCUGGUCACUGAGAGAACAGAGGAACUGGCACUGGAGAAACAGAAAACGGACCGACUUCUCUACAACAUGCUACCACCACUGGUAGCUGAGCAGCUGAAGCGUGGGGAGUCGGUACAGCCGGAGUGCUUUGAUGACGUCUCCAUUUUCUUCUCCGACAUCGUCGGUUUUACAACGAUAGCAAACCAAAGCCAGCCGCUACAGGUUGUUGACCUGUUGAAUGAUUUGUAUACAACUUUUGACGAGAUUAUUGCGCGUCAUGAUGUGUACAAGGUUGAAACAAUUGGUGAUGCCUACAUGUGUGUCAGUGGUCUUCCGAGAAGAAAUGGCAAGAAACAUUGUGGGGAAAUAGCUAACAUGGCACUGGACUUAUUAAACGGAGUGACAAACUUUAAGAUUCGCCACCUCCCGGGAUCCAAGCUUCAGCUGAGGAUCGGUCUUCAUACAGGGGGGUGUGCCGCGGGGGUGGUGGGUACCGCCAUGCCAAGAUACUGUCUGUUUGGGGAUACAGUAAAUAUGGCUUCAAGAAUGGAAUCUACAGGAAAAGCUCUUCAUAUCCACAUUAGUGCUGCUAUGAAUUCUGCUCUCCAGGAACUUGGAUGGGGGUUUAUGAUGAUGGAGCGGGGGAUUAUAGAUGUUAAGGGCAAAGGUCUUCAGAAGACUUACUGGUUGAUCGGAAAAACGGGAUACACGAAAAAACUUCCACAAACCAUGAUAAAUUUACAAGAAAAAUGGCGGCAGUCUCAAGAUACUGGAAGACCUUGUUCUCCAACAGAAUCUCAUAUUUCGGACCGUGACCAUAGCGACAGUAUGUAUGGGCGCGCAUUCCGGAAGACAUCUAUUGCCAUUAGUUUUCUCCAUUCGUUAUCACGUGAUGGGCAUACCUCUGACAGUCGUUCUGUCUCUGAACUUAGUGUUCAAGACCUACAUCUGUCAUGUGAGAGUUUAAAGGACAAAAAGUCACCCUCUCCCGUGACCCUGUCUCCAGUUCAUAGGUCACAGAGCAUGGGUGAAAAUAAACUAACAAGACCAGUUAUAAACCAGCUCAUGAAAAACAAAAAAUCACGACCAGAACUGAAGAGUAAAUUAUCUACGGAUUCUUCCAGUGAUGAAAGCAAAGAGAGUGACCAAAGUAUUUCAUCCAAAGGAAACUCAAAGAAAUUCUCAAUACCAAAAAUUGAAAUUUCAUAGAAAUCACUCUCUUUCAUGUACUUGCCAAAAAAUAUGUAUUGUAUUAGAACAAUGUUUUACAGUCAAUGCCAAGAAUGACUAGUUAUUGAUCUUUAUACAAAGAUCCUAUUGCAAUAUGAUUUUAUUGUUAUUAGCUUUUGUAUAU